UGAAACAGCCACUCUAUCGCGCACAGCUCAUCAAUCAACAACCGCUGGUUGAGCAAAAAGAGCUGCAUAUCAAUAAUUUCGUUUACAGAAAUGGCGGAAAUAAGAGAAAUUGAAAUGGCAGAAGUGCGAAAGCACAACAGCGAAGAGUCAACCUGGAUCGUUAUCAGAGGAGAGGUUUAUGACGUGACCAAGUUUUUGAAGGAACACCCAGGUGGUGCGGAUCAAUUGCUUGGAGUGGCCGGAAAGGACGCCACAAAGGAUUUCAACAAUGUUGGACACUCAAGCGAUGCUCGAAAUAUGUUGGCCCAGUUCAAAAUCGGUGUGCUCUCUAGCAAAGACAAUUUAGAAACAUCAAAUUCAUCACCUUCCAAAGACAAGGAAGCGUCUAAGUCCUGCUGCAUCCUCCAGUGACCAUAAACAAGUUCCUGCACUGCAAUUAAAACCUCUUCUGUGAUUUCGAUUGGAGCUAAAACCAACAAAAAAUAACUUUAAAAAUGAAAAAAAUCUAGACUGACGUCAUGUGUGUACAAUUUACCAUAAUAAACAAACAGAAAAUUUAAAAAAA